AUGCAUCACCUGCAGGAUCUUAAAAACAGAACAAUAAUCCAGGAUUUCUGGAUUAUUGGAUUUGAGAAUAUUCACAACGUUAAACUCUUACCUUUUCUUUUGUUUCUAAUAAUUUAUCUUGUAACAUUAUCUGCUAAUUUCACAAUCAUUUCACUGGUCAUCGCAUGUCGCCACAUCAACGCUCCGAUGUACUUCUUCCUCAGCCACCUGUCUCUCAACGACAUCCUUCUCUCCACAACCAUUGAACCUGAAAUGCUGCAGAUUAUAUUGAGAGAAGGAAUUUAUAUAUCCCAAGCUGGCUGCUUCACCCAAUUCUACUUUUUCUCAGUUUCCACUGUUAAUGAGUGUUUCCUCCUCACCGUGAUGUCCUAUGACCGAUAUUUGGCCAUCUGUAACCCAUUGCGUUAUUGCUCCAUCAUGGACCUUAAACUUCGUAUUCUUCUUACAUCUUCAUGUUGGGUGUGUGGAACAAUUAUUUCCUUACCACAUAUUGUCCUUUUGCAGAAGAUUACAUUUUGUGGGUCAAAUAGAAUUAACCAUUUUUAUUGUGACCUGCUUCCACUUCUUAGUCUUUCUUGCUCAGACACAUCGGCUAUUGAAGCUGUAACUACGAUCAACUCUCUGCCAAUAGUAUUGCUACCAUUAAUUUUCAUCUCUGUGACGUAUGUGAACAUCAUUGCCGCCAUCCUCCGGAUCUCUGCCUCAGCAGGUAGACAAAAAGCCUUCUCCACCUGCAGCUCCCACCUGACCGUGGUCUGUGUGUAUUUUUGGACGUUGGUGUUUAAUUAUCUGGUUCCAUCUGAAGGACAAUACUCAGGGUUACAAAAAAUGAUUUCUGUCUGUUAUACUAUUGUGACCCCGCUGUUAAACCCCUUAAUAUACAGCCUAAGAAAUAAAGAGAUUACACGGGCACUAAUAAAAUUACAGUUCAUGGAGUACUAUGUGAGGAUUGAUGAAGCCGCCUGUAGGUGGCGCUGA